CAGAUGAGAGCAGCGUCGAUUCAAUUCGAUUCCGACUGGCAGCGCGUACGGACGGCCGAUUCACGCUCGCACGUCACCCGGCUGCUCGGGUGUGUUGCGUUUUUGAAAGGGGCUGGACCAUUUCAACCGGAAGAAGGGAGCAAAGGCAAGCAAGCAAGCAAAAAAGCAGCAAAGGAAAGAAAAGUGAAACCCAAAUUCGGUGGCCGGUGAUGAUGAUGUGGUGAUGGUGAAUGCGGUGUGUGUGUAUGUACGUGUAUUAUACGGUGUGUGUUACCCAGAACGACAGAGCACAGCAAAGCGCAGAAUAUAGUGUGUGAUUAGUUUUUCCACAAUCGAUUGAGCCUCGCAGCAGCGCGCUCAACCCUUUUGCCUUGUGCCCUGUGCUUGCUUGUGUUUGUGUGCGUAAAGUGAAAAGGGAAUACACCUGAGAAGGAAAGCAAAGCAAAGGGUAGCUAAUAUAAGUGCAGCAGCAGUGUAUCAUCAACGUGUUCAUCCUCACGGCAGAAGUGUUGUGUGUGAAAUCAUCAUCAUCAUCAUCAUCGCGCUCGAGCAGUGUGUGCGGGCGUUCCGUGCGUGCGCGCGUGUGUGUGUGUGUGCAGUACGUGUGGUGUGUAUUUCCGAAGUGCCAGCAUUGAAAUUACUACACUGCCAACGGUCGUAAAAUAAUAAAUAAAUAAAAAAAGUUACAACACGUGUUCACUAAAAGUGUGUGUUCCAAGUGCGUAAGUGCGUGUGUUCAUAUCGCUCAGUUCGAAGGAAAAGCAAGCUGCCACAAAUAUUUGUCUAAGAAAGAAAAAAAAGUAGGGCAAAAAUCGUAUACCUACAUUGUGUAAAAGUGUAUGUGUGUGUGGAAGAAUUUUUGUAAUAUUAAUUAAAGAUACAGAAGCUUCGAUUGGCUUCCCUCAAAUCUCUCUCUCUCAACCUUCAUUGUAACGUUACACCAAAAGCGUAAUCGUAUCACUGCCAAGUGGAAACACGGUGUGUGUGUGUUCAGCUCGCUUCGUUUUUUUUUGUCGUAAGAGAGCGCAUCAUCACUGUAUAGUUGCUGUAAAUCAUCUUACAAGCUAAAGCUAAAAAAAGAAAAAUACGAACUAGAGAACGCGCGCGGUGUGUUGUGUUGUUGUAGCUGCUAUAAAGAAAAACAACAGCGAUACGCCACCGACGCCGCCGCCGUCCAGCGUUGUGUUUUCCAUCGAAGGGAGACACACAACAGCCAGCCAGAACAACGAAAACGAAACGAGAAUAUCUAGCACGGGGGGAAUACGGUGAACGAAACAGUUGACGAAUUCACAAAACCCCACGACCAGCAGACACAUCACAAAGCAGAACCCAAGGGCGAUCAAAUCCUUCCAGAAGCUGCUGUACGUCUGCCCGGACUUUGUGCGUGCGAAUGAGGUACACCUGCGGCUUGGGCUUAUGCUCAAGGUGAAUGGAGAUUACGAGCAAUCGCUAAAGCACCUGCAGCUAGCGCUGAACGAUUCGUCCCCGUGCACCCUAGCGCAGCUUGAGAUCCGCUUUCACGUCGCCCAUCUGUAUGAGGUGCAGAACAAGUACAGGACAGCGAAGGAGGCAUACGAGCGGCUACUGGCAAGCAAGCAGCUGACGUCGUCACUGAAGGCCGACAUCUACCGGCAGCUGGGAUGGAUGUACCACACCGUUGAGCUGCUCGGCGACAAGGUGCAACGGGAGCGGCUCGCCAUCCACUGUCUGCAGAAGUCGAUCGAGGCGGAACCGCGCUCGGGCCAGACGCUCUACCUGCUCGGCCGCUGCUUCGCCGGCAUCAACAAGGUGCACGACGCGUUCAUCGCCUACCGGAACUCGGUGGAGAAGAGCGAAGGGAACGCGGACACAUGGUGCUCCAUCGGAGUGCUCUACCAGCAGCAGAACCAGCCUAUGGAUGCGCUGCAGGCCUACAUCUGUGCCGUGCAGCUAGAUAAGUCACACUCAGCCGCCUGGACCAACCUGGGCAUACUGUACGAGAGCUGCAAUCAGCCGCGGGACGCAUACGCCUGCUUCCGCAACGCCACCAUCAACCAGGACCAGCAGAAAGACCGUACGGUCAGUGCGUGCGAGAAGUCAACCGUACCGGCCGCUUCAACCGGCACUACUACAGCGGCGACCGGUGGUGCAACAACCGCAGCCGCCGCCAGCGGAACGUCGUCGGUUACGGCGAACAGCGCGGCCGCGGGCACACCGGAAACGAGCAGCAGCAGCGGCACCCCAACAGCAGGGACAACAGCACCCAAUACUCAGCCGACGGUGCUCGGUGGUGAUCUAAGCAACGGUGGCAACAACGGUGCCAACAGUAACAGCAGCAGCAGCAGUAGAUCGCAAAGCCUUACCCAGCGUAUCAAAUUCCUGCAGCAGCAUCUCGGUAACGCUCCUAUGCCGAGCAUAACGUCCAAACGGCGGCAGCUACCGUCAAUUGAGGAGGCCUGGAAUCUGCCCAUUUCCAAUGAGAUGAGUUCGCGACAGCAACAGACCGCCCAGGCACAGCAACGCCAGUUUCAGAAAGGCUACGGACAGGGUGCCCAGUACCAUCCCGGACAGCAGCCGCAACAGCAGCAAGUGGGCAGCAACAAUGGUCUGCCGAACAAGCGCUUCAAGCAGGAGGAUGGCAGACCCGGCAGCGGACCAGCCGGUGGUGGUGUGGUCGGAACGGUGGCCGGCCAGCCGGUGCCACCGUUCUACCUUAACCAGCAGCAGGUGUUGCAGCUGCAGUUCCUGCAGAACCAGAACAAUCUGACCGCCCAGCAGCAGGCCAUGCUGCAGACGCUCACCAACCAGUACCGGUUGAUGAGGGAGCACCAGCUGCGCCUUCAGCAGCAGCGAAGUCAGCAGCUGCAACAGCAACAACAACAGGCCGCCGGGUUCCAGGGUCAGCCGCCGCAGCAGGGCGGUAACGGUGGGUUUGGGCUGGCGGCAGGGAACAAAACGCCCCAGUCGGGUAUCGUGCCGCAGACGGGCUUCGUGAACGAUGGCCACUUCUCGCCAGCGACCGGACAGUCGCAGCAGACGGCGGGCAUGCCGUACAAGUCGGCCGGUACGUACGCACCGUCCGGGUUUACGGUGCCGAGCGGUCAGGCAGCGGCAACGACGCCGGGAGGCUUCACACAGAUCACCUCCGGCUCGAAUCAUCAGGCCGAUAUAGCCAUUCAGUCCAUCCUCGACGACAAGGCUACCUUCGCCGAAUCCCUGCUCAAACAGCUUAGCUCACCAACGGGAGACGGCCAAGACGUGUCCGACCCCUCCACCACCACCACCACCAGCAGCAGCAGUACCAAGUCCCCACCGAUAAAAGCGGAAGCAACCUCGACGACGACAGCGGCAGCUGCCGGCAGUGGUGCGAAACGUCAACUGCUAACCGGCAGCAAGCAGCAGCACCACCCGGACAUUAAGCUGGAACCGGUCGUAAAGCUCGAGAAGCUACCCUCCCCCUCCAGCGGAGGUUUGGACGGAUCGUCGUCCUCUCCCUCCUCCUCCUCCUCCGUCGGCGGUGACUUUAAGAUCUCAAUGUCGGCGAAAGACAUCCAGCAGCUAGUGCGCAAGCAGCGCCAGGCGGGCGAACUAAAGGACGUUCCGGCCGUCUGUUCGGUCCUGUCAGCCGAUGCGCCCCCGCCCUGCCCGCCCGACUGUCCACCGACACGGCUUACCCGCGAACAGCUCCAGCCCCCGACGCCGUCCGUGUUUUUGGAGAACAAAAAGGACGCGUUCAGUCCGCAGCUGCAGGAGUUUUGUCUGAAGCAUCCGAUCGCGGUGGUGAGGCAGCUCGGUGCGGCCCUGAAGCUGGAUUUGGGGCUGUUUUCGACCAAAACGCUUGUGGAGGCGAACCCGGACCACACGGUGGAGGUGCGGACGCAGGUACAUCAGUCGCCGGACGAGAACUGGGACGGAAACAAGAACUCGAAGGUGUGGGCUUGCAUAUCGCACCGAUCGCACACCACCAUCGCCAAGUACGCGCAGUACCAGGCGUCGAGCUUUUCGGACAAGAUUAAGGAGGAGCGUGACAAGCUGGCCGGCAUUUCGACCGCCUCCACCAACUCCGACUCCGACUCGAAGGAUUCCAUCUCGAACAGUGGCAGUGCGUGCGGCGGCGGUGGUGGUACGGGAGCGACCAGUGGUGGUGGAACCGGUACCGGUGGCGGUAACAGCUCCGCUGCCGGCAACGGCAAACGGAAGAAGUGCAAAAACGGUAACAAAAUGUUACGCUUCGGCACGAACGUCGAUCUGUCCGAUGAGCGUAAGUGGAAGGCGCAGCUGCAGGAGCUACAGAAGCUGCCACCGUUUGCGCGCGUCGUUUCGGCCGCCAACAUGCUGUCACACGUCGGUCACAUGAUCCUUGGGAUGAACACGGUGCAGCUGUACAUGAAGGUGCCGGGCAGCAGGACGCCCGGUCACCAGGAGAACAAUAACUUCUGCUCGAUCAACAUCAAUAUUGGGCCGGGCGAUUGUGAGUGGUUUGCGACGCCCGACUCGUACUGGGGCGGCAUCCAGGCGCUGUGCGAGAAGAACAACAUCAACUAUCUGCACGGGUCGUGGUGGCCGGCGCUCGAGGAUCUGUACGCGGAAAACAUACCGGUGUACCGGUUCACGCAACGGCCGGGCGAUCUGGUGUGGGUUAAUGCGGGAUGUGUCCACUGGGUGCAGGCCAUCGGCUGGUGUAAUAAUAUUGCCUGGAACGUGGGCCCACUGACGGCGCGACAAUAUCAGCUGGCGGUGGAGCGGUACGAGUGGAACAAGCUCGAAAGCUACAAGAGCAUCGUGCCGAUGGUGCACUUGAGCUGGAAUCUCGCCCGCAACAUCAAGGUGUCCGACCCGAAGAUGUUUGAAUCGAUCAAAACCUGCCUAAUGCAGACGAUGAAACACUGUAUGCAGGUGCUGGAGUACGUGAAGUCCCUGCACAUCGAGGUCCGGUUUCAUGGGCGCGGUAAAAACGAAGCAUCACACUACUGCGGCCAAUGUGAGGUGGAAGUGUUCAAUGUGCUGUUCAUUCGCGAGCAGGAAAAGCGCCACAUCGUGCACUGUAUGGGUUGCGCCCGGAAGCAGUCGCCCGGGCUGCAGGGUUUCGUGUGCCUCGAGGAGUACACGCUGGACGAGCUGAUGCAGGUGUACGAUGCGUUCGUGCUGCAUACACCGCCCCCGCCACUGCCACCGAUUGCAGCACCGCCAGCGCAAUCGCCCCAGCACGUCCAGCAGCCCGCCUCCUCGCCGGCCGGAGCGCUGAUAAAUGUAAGCUCUUCUUCUACUGCCGUCGCCGCCGCCACAUCGUGUUCAUCGUCGUCCGCGUCGGCUGCUGGUGGUGGUGCUGGUGCUGGUGGUGGCACUGGAUCGGUGCCGGUGGCUUCGUAAGCCGCUGCCACCGCCCCGCCGUCGUCAUCCUUCUUAGGAUCCUUUCGGAAGUGGGAUGGACCUGGGGUGUGGUAGGGUUGUUGUACCAAACAACAACACUCACCCUCCCCAUCCUCUCCAAAACCGUUUUCUCUCGGCCCCACCAAAUUCUGCACUACGCUGCACUGCAACUUCUCCUGCACGAGUGCGUGCGCGCGCGCGCGUGUGCGUGAUACUGUGGUAGCGUUGUUUUACUUCGGUAAGUUUAGUUUUAAUUUAGUUCAAAUGUACGCAUAAUGUGUAUCCCCUGCAUAUAAUAUAAUAUCUCCUUACGGAGAGGAAGGAAGGGUUCGUGUAAAGAGUAUAUAGAAAGCGAAAAACAAAUAGGCUAUAGGCGCAAGAGCGAGAGAUUUAUAUUAGGCACACGCUCGCGCACCACCCGUCGGUGUGUGGGUUAGAAAUCAGCGAAGCUAUAGGGAAAAGAGCAAAGAAAAGAAGCACUUAGGCGCAAAGAAAGGCGAACGAAUUAUAUUGUAUAGAAAUGUUUUACAGGGCUAUUAGACUUGUUUUCCUCUUCUGUUUCGUUCAAUUGUUUGAAUUUCAAACCUCCAAAAGACUUGUAUGAAAUUACUAAUUUGCAAAUUACGCUACACUCUUACGAUUAAUACUGCUACUACUACUACUACUACCACCACUACUACGCUUAGUCUCGAGACCCUGAAACUCUCGUACGGCACAUUUCAGGAAUAUGUGGAUGGCGUUGCGACGAAAUUGUGGAUAUUGUUUUAGAGAAAAGCGUUGAAAGAAGAGAAGAGGGAACGUUUCCUUUAAAAAGGAGGGUAGAUUGUACAUAUAUAACGCAACCAACACGACCCUCCUCACGCCCUCGGUGGUGUGUGUGUGACUGGCGAUCGUUCAAGUGAGUCGAACAAUCUGUCGAACCUGCUCUGCUGCUGCGGGGGGGGUGCGCGAAUGUUGCGCAUCACCUGCCACACGCGAGCGCGCGUACUGUAAAGCUAGUUCGCAGCUGCAAAAAACACCACUCUUAGUGUUUAAGUAAAUAUGCGUGCGCGUGCAUUCGUUUAUAUAAGAGGGGAAGGAGAACACAAAACAUAUGGCACUCAGAAAGGAGACGACACAACAUUAGAAGAUCGAUUUGAGUGAUCGCUUGUGGCCCGUCGUUUUACAAUGUUUACAGCAUUAAACACACACACUCUCUCUCACAACCCGCGUUAAAGGCAAUAUUUUCUUUUUGUUUUGUACUCACAACACCCUUUGAGAAGACACGAUCAUCGCGCAGAGCGAGCGUGAUCCGGUUUAUGUUGGUGAUUAGUGUUUAAGUAGUUAAUUUAUUUCACCAUCGCAAGGUGUGUAUCGUAUUGUAUAUGUAAAUGUGUAUUAAUGUGUAUCCGUUGGCAGCGAUAUUUGACUCGAAUCUGCCAUUAUUUUUUUAAAAAUAUGUGUUAACAUCGCUCGCGUUGUGUAUGUGUAUUGUGUAUACUCAAAUUAGAUCAUGUGUUUUCUUAUGUGAUGUUCUCCUUUCUUUGUGUACGCUCUUUGUUACGUUACAAUACAAAAGUUGUGUGUGUAUGUACUGGUCUUGUACUUUCUGCUCUGAGUUUUUGAUUUUCUUUUUUGAGAGGGAUUCGUUCGAGGGUUGGUGUCCCGGUUUUUGUGUGUGUGUCUGUUUCCGAGUCGUCUCUAGGAGGAGAAGGUGUAUGUGUGUCCUGUGUAUCGGGCCUGUGUUGCGUGUUUGAGUGUUUGUGCCGCGCAGUAGUAAUUCGGGUUUUUAAACAAAUUAUCACAUAAUUCCUCACUAAGGCUUUUGUGCAACUAAAAUACGCGCUCCAAGUAUGUGUGUAUAUUAGUGCCUUUCAUGUGAGAUGUUUUUCUUGGAAAAAAUAUACUUUGUCCUGUAUUUCCGGUCUGUUUUAGAGACUCAUUUGAAUGAUUUGGUUUGGUUUUCGUAUCGGAAACAAGUUCAUCUGAAAGACGUUGUGUGUUCGGUUUCGUUUGUUGAUCGUUUGAUUAAUCCGCCAUCUGUGUAUCAAACAAAAGCUAGCUUGCCAAACAAAAAAAAAAAAACAUUACGUAAAACUCUUACACAGGCACGAUAAAUGAAAAUGCAAUAAAACAAAUUUAAGCAAACAAUAAACUGCGCAUACAAAUGAAUCCACAAACAUGAAAAGUUUACAACCAAAAAUAUGCCACUUGUUGUUUGAGAAUGAUGUAAUGUGGUGUGUGUUCAAGUAUGGUACGAAAAGAAAUUAGCCAACAAUUCACUGCAAACAACAACAAACAAAUUUAACUCAGGAAUAAUUGUGUAGACAACAAUCUUGCCUAACCCAACAAAUAGACAACAACAGAAAAUUCCCUCACUCUCUAUCUCUCUCUCUAAGUAAGAGAGGCCCAAAUAGAGCAAUGCUGCCACUGGUUUACAUAGGGGAAGCGAAACUGUAGGCCAAUACAGAACGGCGUAACCUCUCGAUAAGUUAACAUUUUUGAUAACGCUCUUACAAAACUGGCAAGGAAAGAGGAAGAAGAAGGAGUGGGUGAGAUGCUUUGAACGUAUCCGGUGAGACGAUCGAGCGAUCUCACUCAAUGAAAAAGUUCUAUAAAAGUUCGUGUUUUAUAUAUCGGUUCUCUGAGUGCCUAACGAGAGGACUGCGCGCCGCCGACCCACAGGGGAUUCAUUUUGAAGGUUGUUCAUCUUAUAGCAUUGGUUUUUGCCUUCUGGCAAACACCAAUCGCUUUCACGUUCUCUUCCCGAUGCUCAAGCAGGAAGUAUAUGGUUAAAAGAGUAACAUUUAUUUCUAAAUUACUUUAAUGGACUUAAGUUACGAGCAAAACUCUUUGAUUGAUCUCAAAAAAGGAAAAGCCGCCGAAAGGAAAACAAUUCAACAAAGAAUGCAUCCAAUAAGCGCGCUCCCUUUUACAUCUCUUGAAUUCGUGAGGUGAUCGUGCGCACGGGCGCGAAAUGCCUAAAUGGUCUCGUCAGAGUCUGCAUUGUUACCCCCAACACGUGUCUUUCAUGUAUAGUUUUUAAAAACAAAUACUUUCUUCUUUUUCGAGUAGUUUGCAAACCAAUCAUGAAAGUACAGGUCGAAAAAGAAGCCCAAAACAAAACCUAUCAGAACAUAGCAAAUCGAUGAAGAAUGCGUGUACGAUGUGGUGUAGAAAAUGUAUGGCAAGAUUGUUUCUUCGAGGGUUUGUUGCUUGCAUCCUUUCUUAGUUGAAUGUUGACUGCACUGUUGGUUCCUAAAAGGAACUUACUCUAACACUUUGUUCGAACACGAUGCUUUUAAAAAAAUGACAAAAAUUACGAUCCACGAUCGUUUAGAAAAUCGUUCUGUGGAGUCUGAAACACUGUACUCUUUGCUUUCGUUUAUCAAAUUUAGAUGAUUGCUAAUAGACACCCAAAUUUUGAGCUAAAAGCCUUUCUAAACAAGCAAUAAGAAUGUGCGGUGGGGGGAAAAGAAAGCGAUUUCGUUAAAAAUUUACUUCCAUUUCACGUUAGUUUCUUCUAAAAAAAUACUCUCCACCAUCCAUCCACUUCGUUCGUAUCUUUCCAACUAGUUGAGAGAGAAUAAACAUAAGAGAAGGAGGCACAUUGGCGUAGUAUAAGCUGAGCCAAUCAACCUGUGCUUUGUACAUUGUUUAAAACUACGUGUGUGAAAAGAGCUAUAUUUUGUGUGUGUGUGUGUGUGUGUGUGCGCGCGCGGAUGGUUCCACAAGCCCUCCACCCACCAGGCAGCCCCACAGUGUGUAAGGGUGACAAACACACCUGGAACAAAAUGCUGCUGGGGGUGGGAUUGUGGAUCUCACACAACAAAACUACAUGUUUAUGAGUGCGAUUAGAGCGUGUGUGUGGUGCGAUCGUGUGCGAUCGUGUGUAAAAGUAUUUUUAUGAUUUUAUUCUUUAUGAAGUCAGAGAAAAUAAAUAAUUCGAAAGGGAAAGAAAAGCAAGAUCAAUAUCGAACUCAAUAAGGGCCAGCACAACCUAUAGCAAAGCAGAAACAAUCAGAGAAAAGAGAAAACAUAUAAAAGGGAACCACAAUUGUUGUAAUGUGGGAACAUACACAGACAAGCAAACACGGAAUAGAUUCUUUCGUUCAGGUGCUAAUAAUGCGACGAAAAUACAGGGGAUGCUUGGAAAAUUACAUUCUUUUACUUCUAGCAAGCGAACAUCACUUCCGAAGACAGCUAUAAAGAAGACGGGGUCGUUUUUUGUUUGCGGAAGAAUUGUCUCCCAAUCACCAUAAUAUAUGCCGUAGUUGAACGACGGAUGUUACUCUACUAGUGUGAGAGCGCCGCGCUUGUAUUUGGAGCAGGUGGAAACCGUGCCCAGUUUCACCCGAACUCUGAUACACGUUUUCUUCUAUCACUUUUCCCCUUAUUUACUCCGGUAUGAGCACAUCCGGUUUUGUAGUAAGAUGUUAAGAGAGGGGACUUGCUCAGUUGUUUUAAAUCAUCCCCCUCCCCACAUAAGAUGGAUGGAUAUACGUUUGGCUGUCUGUCACGGCCACGACGAUUCUCCUUACAGCAGAAGACAUCCUAUUGUGAACGUGAUCCUUUUGACGACACACACACUACUGCUCAUUGCUGGAUGAUGCGUGUCAUGCGUCGAGCGAACGUGAUCAGCGAACAGUUUGUUGUAUCGUUUUGUUUUGUGACCGUUUUAUGCUUUUUCUAUGCGACGGUGGUGGUGCAUUUUUGCUUUAAAAAAUGAACCCAAAAUUUACAUUCAAAUCAUGCCAAAAAAAAAAAAGAAGGGACUUCAAAAUUUUCCAUUUGCUGCACCCCCCAGAACACUAUUCUCAUGAACCCAACAACACAUACCUCCCAUUUCCUUCGAUAAAAACAAAUUCAAAUUAUUCCCUUGGAAUGUGUGGUUUUACUUUAUACUACAAUGCAAGAACGGCAUAGAAAGUGAAAAGGAAAUGGGAAACAGCAACAGAAAUGAAUGGGGAAUCGUCGGGGGUUUUGCUUAUAUUGUUCAGAAAAAAAGGCCCAAAAAGGAAAAAGGAAAAGGAUCUACUACUCUGUUUGCAAAGCAAAAUGUUCUGCAAUUUUAACGCAACGGGAUUUUGUGUUACUAAUUGGGUUCCGCGUAAAAUUGGUGCGUAGAAAGGUGUGUGCGUGCAAA